GUAGGAAAGGAGGAGGAAGCAAAGGGAUGGCGGAGGCACACCUCUGAAGCCAAAUCUGAAGGAUGAGAACUCUUCCCACCUUUCUCUUCUGAACCAGCUUGAACCCAGAUCAGGGAUUGCGUGCAAUUCAAACAGGCAUGUGGUUCAUCGCAGACACCACACCACACAGGCUGCGUCAAAGGCUGCUCUUUCCUAUGGCCUUCUAACUCUCUCUGAACAACAGGGCUGCUUAAGCCCCACCCACCUGAUCUAAAUGAAUACACAGGUAUGUAUGAACAUACGCAUAUGUGAACGCCCAUCCCCUCGGAACGUCACCUGUUUAUCUUAUUUUUAAAGAUUGCAGAAAACGAAACAAACGAAUAAGAAGAGAGAGCGAGAGGGCGAGACAGAGAGAGAGAGCGAGAGAGAGAGAGAGAGAGAGAGAGAGAGAGAAAGACACAGGGUCCCAUGUUCUACUGGGCCAAGACUUUGGUGCCAUGAGCAGUACUCUAGGUAAAGACAAAGACUCCAAAGAGAAGGACCCGAAGGGUCCCUCUGGGAAAGAAAGGGAAAAGGAGGCCAAAACCCCGGGCAGCUUUGGCAAGGAUGGCAAAGAGUCCAAAACCAAAGGGAAAGACACCAAAGAGGGGAAGAAGGACGCGGGCGGGGCCCCGCCGGCCGUCGCCUUUUCCGUGGACAACACGAUAAAACGGCCGAACCCGGCUCCGGGCGCGCGGAAGAAAUCCAGCAACGCCGAGGUGAUCAAAGAGCUGAACAAGUGUCGGGAGGAGAACUCCACGCGUCUGGACCUGUCAAAAAGAUCCAUCCACCUCCUACCCGCCUCCAUCAAAGAGCUCACCCAGCUGACCGAACUCUACCUGUACAGCAACAAACUGCAGAGCCUGCCGCCCGAGGUGGGAUGCCUGUCGGGACUGGUGACCCUGGCCCUGAGCGAGAACUCCCUGACCAGCCUGCCGGACUCGCUGGACAACCUGAAGAAACUGCGGAUGCUGGACCUGCGGCACAACAAGCUGAGGGAGAUCCCGGCCGUUGUGUACCGGGUCACGUCCCUCACCACGCUCUACCUGCGCUUCAACCGCAUCACGGCCGUGGAGAAGGACAUCAAGAACCUCAGCAAACUCACCAUGCUCAGCAUUCGGGAGAACAAGAUCAAACAGCUCCCUGCAGAGAUAGGGGAACUGUGUAACCUCAUUACAUUGGAUGUGGCUCAUAACCAACUCGAGCACCUUCCAAAAGAGAUUGGAAACUGCACACAGAUCACCAAUCUCGAUCUUCAGCACAACGAGCUCCUGGACCUUCCGGAAACUAUAGGCAAUCUGUCAAGCAUAAAUCGUCUGGGUCUGCGGUACAACAGACUGUCGGCCAUCCCCCGAUCGUUAUCCCAGUGCCGAGAACUGGAGGAGUUAAAUCUCGAGAACAACAAUAUCUCAGUGUUACCAGAGGGCCUACUCUCUAGUCUGGUAAACCUGACCAGUCUGACACUGGCGAGGAACUGUUUCCAGUCGUACCCGGUGGGUGGCCCAUCCCAGUUCUCCACCAUCUACUCUCUCAACAUGGAGCACAACAGAAUUAACAAGAUCCCCUUUGGCAUCUUCUCCAGGGCCAAGGUCCUUAGCAAACUCAACAUGAAGGACAACCAGCUCACAUCUCUCCCCCUUGACUUUGGUACCUGGACCAGUAUGGUGGAGCUAAACCUGGCCACCAACCAGCUCACCAAGAUCCCUGAGGAUAUCUGUGGCCUUGUGUCUCUGGAAGUACUCAUACUGUCCAACAAUCUUCUAAAGAAGUUGCCACAUGGGAUUGGUAACUUGCGGAAACUUAGGGAGCUAGACUUAGAGGAGAACAAGUUGGAAUCCCUCCCAAAUGAAAUUGCCUACCUUAAAGACUUACAGAAACUUGUCUUGACCAACAAUCAGCUGACCACAUUACCCAGGGGGAUAGGUCACCUGACUAACCUGACCCACCUGGGACUGGGGGAGAACCUACUGCAGCACUUGCCUGAGGAGAUUGGUACUCUGGAGAACCUUGAAGAGCUGUACCUGAAUGACAACCCUAACCUGCACAGCCUGCCAUUUGAGCUGGCUCUGUGCAGCAAGCUGUCCAUCAUGAGCAUCGAGAACUGCCCCCUCAGUCACCUGCCCCCCCAGAUCGUGGCCGGUGGCCCCUCCUUCAUCAUCCAGUUCCUUAAGAUGCAGGGCCCUUACAGAGCUAUGGUCUGAGGACCUACAGCCAAGCGUCAUACACUGUAUACAAACAAAAAGAAAAAAGACAAAAAAACCAGAGACAGAUGAUUAUUCAAAAACAUUUUGUCAUCAUCAUAGAUAUGUAAUUGAGGACACACACAAACACACACACACACACAAAAGGCAAAUCGAUUGAUCGAACAUUAAUGGAUCAUGUUUCGUGUUAAUAGUGGAUUCAUAGCCAUUUAGCUUCCACAUUGCUCCCCAAUCAUGAUAACAGAAGAAAGCGAAAAAAAAAAAAAUCAAACAAACAAAAAAAAAAACCAGAAACGAUAUAUAGACUUUUGUUGCCAAAACUGAUGGUGUAUAUUGAGUAAUUCUGAGCUAAAUGGCACUCUUUUAAUGUUUUAAAUCAUUUUGCCGACAUACUCACAGUAAUCACAGUGAUUUGUAAUGACAUCCAGAAAACAGUUGUAUGC